AUGUUCCACUUGCUUAGCAGGAGCGAGAUGUUUAGGGAGGUGCUGGAAGGUGGUGGUGGGAGUGCUGAGGAGGACAAGGACAUUGAAAUACAAACUACAGAAACAAAUAAGCAGCUGGAUGAUUAUAUCAGGUUGAUUACCAGUGCCCAGCUGCCCGAUAACAGCCUCAUUUACUUUAAAGAUCUACUUCAACUUACAGACAAAUACAAGGACAUAACAUCGACCAAGAUAAUUGAGCAGCACCUGAUAAUAUCCUCAAGCGAAUUCAACAAACUCGAUUUAUACUCGUGUGCGUGUCGAUUCCAACUCAGCAACCUCAAAUCAAACCAGCUUAAUCUGAUAAACAAGGAAGAUCUCGGUGAGCUAUCCGAAGACUCGAACCUCGGCUCCGUCGACCUAUACGACCUCAUCAAACACUCCCACAAAGACCGAAAAUUUGAAGAUCCUGUUGAGACUCGCACUCCUCCAAUCAUGUCCCAAGAAGACAGCAGUUUCGUCAAGCUUAGUGUGUUUGGUAAUAUAUUCCAAGUCACCACCAGGUAUACCGACCUGCAGCCUGUUGGCAUGGGCGCUUUCGGUCUCCUCUGCUCCUCCACUGACCAGAAGUCCGGUGGCCCUGUCGCCAUAAAAAAAGUCAUGAAGCCCUUCUCCGCGCCCGUACUCGCAAAACGCACUUACCGCGAACUAAAACUCCUGAAACACCUCCGCCAUGAGAACAUCAUUUCCUUGUUAGACGUUUUCAUUUCCCCAGGCGAGGAUAUCUACUUUAUCACUGAAUUGCUCGGUACUGACCUCCACCGUCUUCUCUCCUCACGCCCCCUCGAAAGGCAGUUCGUUCAGUAUUUCCUCUACCAGAUGCUCCGUGCUCUUAAAUUCGUACACCCAGCUGGCGUCGUCCACCGCGACUUGAAACCUUCCAACAUCCUCAUCAACGAAAACUGCGACCUCAAAAUCUGUGAUUUCGGUUUGGCCAGGUUGCAAGAUCCCCAGAUGACUGGUUAUGUCUCUACGAGGUACUACAGGGCACCUGAGAUCAUGCUUACUUGGCAAGAGUACGAUUCCGCCGUUGAUAUUUGGUCUGUCGGUUGCAUUUUUGCCGAAAUGAUCGACGGCAGACCCAUCUUCCCCGGCAAAGACCACGUCCAUCAGCUCACCGUCAUCACCGAGCUGCUCGGCUCACCGCCUGAGGAUGUCAUCAACACCAUCACAUCCGAAAACACUCGCCGUUUCGUAGACGCUUUACCAAAGAGACACAAAAUUUCCUUCGCCGACCGCUUCCCUAAUGCCAACGCGGAGGAGAUCGACUUGCUGGAAAAAAUGCUCGACUUUAACCCCAAGAAGAGAAUUACAGCCGCAGACGCCCUCGCUCACCCUUACCUCGCUCCUUACCACGAUCCAGAAGAUGAACCUACGGCUAACGAACGCUUCGAUUGGUCGUUCAACGACGCUGAUCUCCCUACUGAUCAGUGGAAGGUGAUGAUGUACUCUGAGAUACUCGACUUCCACAACGUCGACGUCAAGUCGGAGAAGGAUAUGACUCCUAGCACUACCACCGCUGGUGCUCACUAG